UAAGCUGACGCGUCACCUCGACGUCAGUCUCUUACCUCUCUGAAGUCCCGUCCGGGAGCAAAACUCCUGAGACUUUGGGCCCCGCCCCCAGGAGUGUGGAGGGCGGCCAAUGAGGGCGGAUCUCAAGGGGAACCGAGCCAAUGAACGAGCCCGGGGCGGGGCGCGGGCCGGAGGGUGGGGCGGGUGUCGGCGGUGGCAGUCCGAGAUCAGGCUGCGCGCAGUAUAUGACAGUACGUCAGCAGCGGGAUGGCCGUAGCUGUGGCGGCGGCUGCAGAAGCCCGAGCAGCCGCGGCCGCAGUGGAGGCUAGAGCCCGAGCGGCGUCGGCGGCGGCACCCCGGGGAGUUUAAGAUGGCGGCAGGGGGGGCGGCGGGCCUGCGGGAGGAGCAGCGCUACGGGCUGUCCUGCGGGCGGCUGGGACAGGACAACAUCACGGUACUGCAUGUGAAACUCACCGAGACGGCGAUCCGGGCGCUCGAAACCUAUCAGAGCCACAAGAAUUCAAUUCCUUUUCGACCUUCCAUUCAGUUCCAAGGGCUCCAAGGGCUUGUCAAAAUCCCCAAAAAUGAUCCCUCCAAAGAAGUGCAUACCUUUAACUUCUAUUUGUCAAAUGUGGGUAAAGACAACCCUCAAGGCAGCUUUGACUGCAUCCAGCAAACAUUCUCUAGCUCUGGAGCCUCCCAGCUCAACUGCCUGGGAUUUAUACAAGAUAAAAUUACAGUGUGUGCAACAAACGACUCGUAUCAGAUGACACGAGAAAGAAUGACCCAGGCAGAAGAGGAAUCCCGCAACCGAAGCACAAAAGUUAUCAAGCCCGGUGGACCAUAUGUAGGGAAGAGAGUGCAGAUUCGCAAAGCACCUCAAACUGUUUCAGAUGCAGUGCCUGAGAGGAAAAGGUCAACCCCCAUGAACCCUGCAAAUACAAUUCGAAAGACACAUGGCAGCAGCAGUGUUUCUCAGCGGCCAUAUAAAGACAGGGUGAUUCACUUACUGGCAUUGAAGACCUAUAAGAAACCUGAACUGCUGGCACGACUGCAGAAAGAUGGUGUCAAUCAAAAAGACAAAAACUCCCUGGGAGCAAUUCUGCAUCAGGUAGCCAAUCUGAAUUCUAAGGACCUCACGUAUACAUUAAAGGAUUAUGUUUUUAAAGAACUUCAAAGAGAUUGGCCUGGAUACAGUGAAACAGAUAGACGGUCACUAGAGUCAGUGCUCUCUAGAAAACUAAAUCCAUCUCAGAAUGCUGCCAGCACCAGCCAUUCUGAAUCUCCUGUCUGUUCUAGUAGAGACACUGCAUCUUCUCCGCAGAAACGGCUCUUAGAUUCAGAUUUCAUUGAUCCUCUGAUGAAUAAAAAAGCUCGAAUAUCUCAUCUGACAAAUAGAGUGCCGCCAACAUUAAACGGUCAUUUGAAUACCACCAGUGAAAAAUCGGCUGCAGGCCUCCCGCCACCCCCUGCAACCGCUGCUAUCCCCACCCCUCCACCGCUGCCUUCAACCCACCUGCCUGUCUCCAAUCCUCCUCAGACUGUACAUUCUAACUCCAAUUCCCCUAGCACUCCAGAAGGCCGGGGGACUCAAGACCUACCUGUUGACAGUUUCAGUCAAAACGGUAGUAUCUAUGAGGACCAGCAAGACAAAUAUACCUCUAGGACUUCUCUGGAAACCUUACCCCCUGGUUCAGUGCUACUGAAAUGUCCAAAGCCUAUGGAAGAAAACCAGUCAAUGUCUCACAAAAAGUCCAAAAAGAAGUCUAAAAAACACAAGGAAAAGGACCAAAUUAAAAAACAUGAUGUUGAGACAAUGGAGGAAAAGGAAGAGGACGUUGAAAGAGAAGAGGAAAUUGCCAAGUUGAACAACUCGAGUCCUGAUUCCAAUGAAGGAGUUAAAGAGGUUUGUACUGCCUCUACGGAGCCUUCUUCAACAAUUGAACUCCCAGAUUAUUUGAUAAAAUAUAUUGCUAUUGUCUCCUAUGAGCAACGUCAGAAUUACAAGGAUGACUUCAAUGCUGAGUAUGAUGAGUAUAGGGCCUUGCAUGCCAGGAUGGAGACUGUAGCUAGAAGAUUUAUCAAACUGGAUGCUCAACGAAAGCGCCUUUCUCCAGGUUCAAAAGAGUAUCAGAAUGUUCAUGAAGAAGUCUUACAAGAAUAUAAGAAAAUCAAGCAGUCAAGUCCCAAUUACCAUGAAGAAAAAUACAGAUGCGAGUAUCUUCAUAACAAGCUGGCUCACAUCAAAAGACUAAUAGGUGAAUUUGACCAACAGCAAGCAGAGUCUUGGCAAUAGAACUCUGCUUGGACCAGAAGAUGUGAAUAAACUUACACUUAUUUAUUUGAAAUUCCAAAUAAGUUGCUCGAAGAUUCUAAAAAAUGAAACUUUGCCUGUUAAAAGUUUCAGUAUUAGUACACUUGAGUUACUUUUUUCUUUUUUCCCCCAUUUUACUUUGCUUCCCUGCUUUUUUGAAGCUGCUUUUUCUGGUUCUUUUUUUUUUCCCUCCUGAAGACUUGUGUUUGUCAAUAGAAAUCAUUUCCUUUUAGAUAUUGGGGAUCCAGUGUCUAUACUUCAAAUCAAUUUUUUUCCUUAAGGACUCGUGUUUGUCAUUAGUUAUGAUUUUUUUUUUUAAAGAUAUUGGGGAUCCAAUGUCCAUACUUCAAAGUUAUGUGUAUUUAAAAAAAAAAAAGUAAUGUGCAAAGUGAAAUGCUUUUGGAUAAACAUAAGCCUAUUUUCUGACCAUUCUUAAUGCGAACUCUUUGCCUUAAAUGGUAGACUAUUUAGAAAUUUGCACAAAAUACAAAAAAAAAUUAAACAUUGUUUUGGAGGGUUAAGAAAUAGCUAUGUGCGUGUGUAUACGUGUAUGGACACGCAUGCACAUAUGGAUAUCUAGUCUGGCUUAAUCUCGAACAGUCAAUCUGCCCUGCAAGUUAACCCCCAUUGCAAUGGUUGCCUUAAGGUGUUUGCUAGUUGUGUACAUAGUGUGGUUAAUCAUUAGCUGCACAGCCUCCCACUUGACUAGAGUAGUGGGAAGCACACUGUGGCCUACCAGCGUCUGAAAGCGUGUGCUCGACCUGUGUGUAUGCAGAGGUGGUGUGGAUGUGAGCGUGCAUGAAGGAAAAAAAGCUGCUACUCUCAGUAGGCCAAACGCUCAGGUUAAACAACUGACGAGUGUUACUGUAGGUUUUUUUUUUUUUCCUGUCAAAUUGCUACUUCUAUUGUGGAAGACAAAAGCAUUUCCAUUUCAACAGUUUGUCAGCUUUAUUAAUGUUGGGCAAAAUUGAUAUGUAAUGAAAAUGAAACAGAUCUAUAGUUUUGGGGCAAAAUAUAAAAUUUAAUGUGUAGGUAACCUAUUUAUAUACUGCUAUAAAGUAUUUUUGAAGAGAGAUAUGCAAAGAAGCUAUUACCUACAUGAAAUGUAUAUUUAAAGAUUUUUUUUCUCAUCCUGGUUGCCAGGAAUAUAAAAAAAAAAGAGCGGAUAUAUUUAAACAUAACAUACUGUGAUUCAUCAAACAGCACAAACUUUCAUUUCAUGGAGUUUAUCUGUUGACGUUGAUUUAAACUAUCACUUGUUUUAUCAUGUGGGAACAUAAGUUAUAUGCUCAAAAAUACGAAGAGUUUGAACUAAUGUUGAUUCAAGUUGUGUUGUCUUAUCGUAUUGUCUUUUCAAAGUGCUGCCAGUUGAAAAGGGAAGCAUUAUGUUUACAAAUCUGUUUUGAAAUGUUUGCCAAAAUUUUGGUAGUAUCUUUAAUAAAGAUGUUUGUCUCCAGCAUCCA